UUGCUAGUGGCCAUUUAGACGUUCGAGUACCAAAAGCGUUUUCGAAUGAAAUGGAAAGAACAACGAAAAAGAAGCCUCCCAGUACAACUUCCAUCCACAUCAUGUUUACUGGUUAUGAUGAACAUUCAUAUUCUUCCGAUCGAAAUGAAAAGGUUUCUGAAAUCUUUAAAAAUUUACUUCCCUAUCCUGAACAAGGUCGGAUUUUUAUUGGGUUUCCGACACAUCAAACUACUGGCUGUAGUUCCCAUCUAGCAGCUCGCCUAAUUCCAACGGUUGAGCGUGAAUCAAUCGAUCUAGUCGACAAGACUCUUGCUGUAUAUAAUAACGAGAUGCUUUGCCUUGUUGGAAUUCUUUGUCGCAUUUUAUAUGAAGAUGAAAUGACACAGAUAUCUAAGUUAUACAAAGAAAUUGUUGGAUCAUCAAUAAAUUCUGAAGAUGAGGCAAUAAAAUCAGGCCGUGAAUAUUUUGAAAGAAAGGCAGCGCAUGCACUCAAACAUUUUACAUACAAACCUAGUACGCCGAGUGUUGCCGUUGGAAGGAUUGCUGAGUCGCAAUUUUAUAGCUGCUCCGCAAAGCCAAUCUCUAUUUUGUCGACUCGCGGGGUACAACCGGCCGAUUUGGUGCGGUUACCUAACCCAGAGAUGGAGGCUUUUAUCAAAACGGUACCAGUUGUUCCGAAAAUUAUCAUGGAACAAUGUGACGUCUUUAUUAAAAAAGCAAAAGAGAAUUUGAAAAUAAUGAAGGAAAUUAAAAUCAACGAUGUAUUUAUGGAGCUACAGAGCCGAGCAUUGACCAUAGAAGAAACUGUAGCACUGAUGAAGUGGUGGAUUUCUUAUAGGACCAAAGAAAAUCCUUCUGACAAUGAUAUACAUCAGUUCUUACGAUUGACUAUUGUUAAAUUGAAUGAUAAUGAUAUAUUUCCGUUAAGCAAGGCUCGAUAUUUUCUGAACGCAUCG